AUGGCCGUCAAGAGCCGCCAGCUGCAGCGCGGGCUGGCCGCCGCCGAGGAUGAGACGACGCUCGACUGCGCGCGCGCCGCCGCCCUGCUGGAAUUACUCGCGGCGCUGACGGCACUGGACCGGCGUCGCACCGGCGUCGUGUCCGUCACCGCGCUGAAGCUGCUGCUCGGCCUGCUGUGCGCCGGCCGCCUCACCGACCGCUACCGCUACCUGUACGCAGAGCUGGCCGACGUGGCCGGCGCCGUCGCCGAGCUGCUCGGAGAGCGUGAGACCUUCGGCCGCCACCUGGUGGCCGGUACGGUGGCCUCCUGCUUCGGAGGAGGCAGCGCCGGCGCUCUGACCAGGGACGGCCUGAUGACGUGGCUGCUGCGGGAGCCGCAGAUGCUGGUGUGGGUGUCGACGCUGUACAGGCUGACUUCCGCCGAGGAGGUGGUGCACAGCGUCGGCUGUAGCGUGUGCGAGGCCAAGCCACUGGUCGGACUCUGCUACGCCUGCCUGCAGUGUCUCGGCGUCUACCUCUGCCAGGAGUGCUUCUUCCGCGGGCGCGCCGGCCGCGGCCACAAGCCGCAGCACCCGCUGCAGGAGUUCUGCGCGCAGUGGAACCGGCGCCAGAAGACGCAGGCGCUGCUCAAGACGCUGUGGAACAAGUUGAGUGGCCGACGGGAGCGCGCGCCGGACGAGGACCCGCCGUCCUCGUCCUCCUCCGACGAGGACGACGAGCUGCUGUCGCGCACGAUCCUGGACGGCUCGGUGGCGCUCGACCCGCGGCUGGACAGCAUUCUCGGCCACCUCGAGUCCGAGAACGGUCUGCUGGCGGGGGAGCUGCGGCGGCUGCGCGCCCACCUGCAGUCGACGCCGAUGCCGCGGCUCUCGCAGCUUAGUCCCAUCGCGCGCGUGCCCGACACGCCCGCAGCGCGCGAUGCGCCCGCAGACGAGUACGGCCUGGUCUUGUCGCCGCAGUCGGGCGCCGGCGGCGCUGGCGCCGCGCCGACCAGCCCGGACGCUCCGGAUUUCAGCCGCCGCCUGCCGGACCUCACCGAAUACUCGCUCUCCGACCUGAGCUCGCCGCAGCGGGUCGACCUGACGGUGCCGGCUGCCUCGUCGCUGUCGCCCUCGCCGGCCGUGCGGAACGCCGAGGAGGCCCUGGCGGUGCUGGCGGCGGAGGUGGCGCUGCUGGAGGAGACCACGAACCGCGGGCCGGAGACUUGGCCCAGCGGGGCCCUGAUGGGCACUGUGCCGCACCAGACGGCCGCCGAGCUGCUGGAGCUGCUUUCUGACCUGGAGAGCCUCUGCGUCACCGCCAACUAA